AUGGCCGACUUCGAACAGGUUGCUAAGCAAUUCGUUGAGUUUUACUACAAGACAUUCGACGAGAACCGGAAUGGACUCGGAAACCUCUACCGCGACCAGUCGAUGCUGACAUUCGAAACCACAUCCAUCCGAGGAGCUGCCCUCAUCUUGGAGAAGUUGACUAGCCUGCCAUUCCAGAAGGUCAUCCACCAAGUAGCCACUAUGGACUGUCAGCCAUCACCCCAGGAUGGCGGAAUAUUGGUCAUGGUCACUGGUGCUCUGUUGGUCGAUGAACAACAAACACCCAUGAGCUACAGCCAGUGCUUCCAGCUCCUCCCUGACGGCGCCGGAAGCUACUUUGUCUAUAAUGAUGUUUUCCGCCUUGUCUACGGCUCUUAG